AUGUCAUCCGGAGCGACGUCCAUCACGGAGAAGAAGCCCGCCGAUCCCGCGGUCGACGAGCUCUUCGCAGUAAACGGCCGCGGCUUGGAUUCCAACCUUGAAGCCGCCAACCUGCCAGCAGACACGGGGAAUGCGACAGCCGAAACGGAACCAGACGCAUCCCCGAGGAAAAUUCACGGCGUUCUGUGGGCUCUGGUUGUUCUGGCUAUCUUGUCCAGCAUUUUCCUGUAUUCCCUCGACAACACCGUCGUGGCCGACAUCACGCCGACCGCGGUCAAUACGUUCGGCGAUGUGCUGAAGCUGCCAUGGCUGUCCGUCGGGUUUCUGCUCGGCGGCACCGGGGUCGUGCUCCCGUUUGGCAAGCUGUACGCCUUGUUCGACGCCAAAUGGCUGUACAUCCUCUCGUCCGCGCUCUUCAACGUCGGCUCGGCCCUCUGCGGCGCCGCGCCCAACAUGGACGCCCUCAUCGUCGGCCGCGUGCUCGCCGGCAUGGGCGGCAACGGCAUGUACCUCGGCGUCAUGACGCUGCUGUCCGUCAACACCUCCGACCGCGAGCGGCCGGGCUACCUCAGCUUCGUCGGCUUGGUCUGGGGCUUCGGCACCGUCCUGGGCCCCGUCAUCGGCGGUGCCUUCGUCGAAUCGUCCGCCACCUGGCGGUGGGCUUUCUACAUCAACCUCUGCGUUGCCGGUCUGUUCGCCCCCGUGUAUCUUUUUCUGAUCCCGUCCUUCAAGCCGCGCCGGGGCACCAAGUCUCUGGCGCUGGUGCGCGAAUUUGACAUCGCGGGAACUAUCCUGAGCAUAGGGGCUAUCACGUCUUUGAUUAUGGCCACCAACCUCGGCGGCGCGCUGUAUGCCUGGGACAGCGGGCAGAUCAUCGCCCUCUUCGUCGUCUCGUUCGUCCUCUUCAUCGUUUUCGGGCUCCAACAGACCUAUGCCAUCUUCACGAGCCCCGCCACGCGCCUCUUCCCCGUUCAGUUCAUGCGCAACUGGAACGCGGUGCUCCUUUUCUGUCUCGCCGCCGCAGUCAACACGGCCGGGUUUGUCCCGAUAUAUUACGUCCCGCUGUACUUCCAGUUUACCAGAGGCGACAGUGCCAUCACUGCCGCAGUCCGGCUGCUCCCGCUGAUCUUCGUUCUGAGCGCCACAAUCCUCGCCAAUGGCCACCUCAUGUCGCGUUUCAGCUACUUCCAGCCGUGGUAUAUCUUCGGAAGCGUCCUCGCCUUGAUCGGAGGCGUGCUCUUGUCCCGUAUCACCACCCAAACGCCGGCGGGCCAAAUCUACGGCUUCGAGAUCCUGGUGGGCAUCGGCACCGGCUGCUUCAUCCAGGCCGGCUACGCGGUCAUCCAGGCGGUCACGCCGGCCGCGGAGAUGGCGUACGCCAUCAGUUUCAUGAUGCUGGCGCAGCUGGCCGGGAUCGCGCUGGGGCUCGCCAUCGCCGGCGCCGUCUUCGUCAACCGCGCGGUCGCCAACCUGGCCGCCGUCCUGCCGCCCGGCGCCUCGCGCGAGCAGCUCCAGCUCGCCGUCUCCGGCACCAGCGGCGCUUACCUCCGCUCGCUGUCGCCGGCCCUGCGCGCGGCCGCCACCGACGCCAUCGUCGAGGCCCUCCGUAAGGUUUUCAUCCCUGUCUACGUCGCUGCCGCGUUCUGCCUGCUGCUUUCUGUCUUGUUUACGCAACGGAAAAUGUUCAAGGAUAUCGCGGCCAUCGCGGCGUAA